CAUUGAUGAAAUAAAAUGGCAGCUGGAAGGUUUGGCUUCUGACACAGUGGAAUCUUAUGAAAAUCAACCAUGUGCUAUUCCAUGAUGCUUUAAUAUGAAUUUGAAAGUGACCAACAUUCAUUGUUUUAAUCAGAUCUGACAGAAAUUUGACGGAUGUCUGUGAUUAUUAGUAACCAUUUGUCGGACAGCAUGGCACAGGGCCGGCCUAUCAAAUGUGUAGUAGUUGGCGAUGGUACUGUUGGCAAAACCUGUAUGCUCAUCUCCUACACAACGGACAGCUUCCCUGGGGAAUACGUCCCUACUGUGUUUGAUAACUACACAGCUAAUAUGAUGGUGGACGGGGUCCCGGUCAGUCUCGGGCUGUGGGAUACUGCUGGUCAGGAAGAUUAUGAUAGACUUCGGCCACUUUCCUACCCACAGACGGAUGUAUUCCUGAUUUGCUUCAGUGUUGUGAGUCCCUCCUCGUACGAAAACGUGACGACGAAGUGGAACCCGGAGGUCAAACAUCACUGUCCUGAUGCUCCUGUACUUUUAGUCGGUACAAAAAUAGAUCUUCGAGAAAACAAGGACGCCAUUGGACAACUGGCAUCUCAGGGUUUACAGCCUGUGAAACGGGAACACGGCAUCAAACUCGCAAACAAAAUCCACGCCGUUAAGUAUAUGGAAUGUUCAGCUCUCACACAACGUGGAUUAAAACAGGUAUUCGAUGAAGCAUGCAGAGCAGUCCUACAACCUCAGCCAAUUAGAACGAAAAAUCACAAGUGUGUUCUCCUCUGAUUGUUGAUACAUCGUUUAAACUGUAGCCAUGUGACCUAAUGUGGCAAUUUUAAAACUUAUCAUCAUCGGCUGAAUCUCUUCUGUUUCCUGAUUGGCUGUUCAUAGUGUCAUAAUAACUUGGAUAUAUUCUCUAAAGUGAAUUCAGUUUAUAUUCAUGGUGACGACAGCAUUUUCUAUUGAUUGCUUCACAGAUGCUUUGGACUACAGUGUGUAAAGUCUGGGAUAUCUGAUCCUGUGUUUUUUCUGAGGAUCAUCAGUUUAUGAAAUGUACAGAUAAAAUGUAAUGGGAAGAGCCUGGAAUCCUGGCCCCAAUUUCUUAGAAAAAAGUUCAGACUUAAUUUUCCAAUAAAUUUGUUUUUGUCUUAUUACCUUAUAUGAAUAUGAAAGUAUUAGAAAUUAUUCAAAAAUGUUAUUGCGAGAAACUUUCAGAUUUUGCUCUGAUGUUCUUGACCCUAUUUCAAAGUUUGAGGGAAACCAGCUAUUAUUUUCAAAUAGAAAAUAUGGAUGAUUAAUUUUGUUUUUUAUUAAAAGAAGUGAUUUCAUGGCAAAAACAAAACAUUGGAGUUAAAUGGGGCAAGAAGCCAGUAGGGCUGUAACAAUUCACUGUAGUUACAAUUUGAUGGAUUUUUGAUUAUUUUGGUUCUUCUGAAUUUUUUUUAUUCAAUUAUUUUGGCUGUGAAUGUUAAUAUUGGCAAUAUUAACCGAUGAAAAUAACUAUUAAUACUACAUUUUAAGUUGGUUUAUAGGUGGUUGGUGGUGCAGUGGAUAGCGCACUUGCCUUUCACCAAGGCCGCCGGGGUUUGUUUCCCCAAUCGGACCUAAAAAAGGUAUGGGGUCACCUGCCCGAUCACAUUGAUUUCUCCAGGUAUUCUGUUUUCCUCCCACAUUAAGAUCCCCUGCAUGCUAACAUCCGGGCCAACAAGAAUGAUUACUAUAAGUUGUAAAAACUUGUUUCAUAAUUGUUGUAAAAUAAAUAAGUUUAUGUAUAGUCAGUAUAUAUGCUUACUAUGAAUUAACUCAAAUUUCAGGAUUUUCUAAACAAGAAUCGAACCAAAUGAAAUAAAUUGUAUCUUGAACUGUAUUAAUCGCUACAGCACUAGGAGCCGGUGGUAUAAAAGGAACCAAAAUGAUGCUGCUGAUUCACAUGGAAACAGCGAACCUCCCUCCACAGAUUCUCGCGGAACCCCGUUGCCAGCAACCACUGAAUGUUUGAACUGGACAGGAAUGUAGUGUCUUAUCAAUGAUGAAAUAUUUGUUCAUAAUAUGAAGGAUGAAAAAGAAACCCAAGUUAUUUCUAUUGCCAUAUAUAUAUCUAGAAUGUUUCAUGUGUGUAUUUAUAUAUAUCUCAUCUCUUGUGACUCCACAGAUUUUGCUGAAACUUUCAAAUCAAUUUUAUAACCUGUGUGAAAGACGAUUCUUUAAAUCAGAGCAACCUGUUCAACUGUAAUGUGAUCGUUGUACAACCUUAGUUACUUACACAGGGGUGGCACAGAUCCUGAAUUCCACCGCCCAUGUAUAUAUGUGUAUUAUGUACCGUGGGAUUUGGUAUAUGUGCUACGCCCCUGUCGUUACAUGGAUUCAGUUAAAAUUAGAAUAUUUCUACAUGUGAUUACCAUGUGUUGCUAUCUUAUAUCGGCUAGUCAGAACAUGAGUGCUGUUCUCUAAGAUUUGAUGUUCAGGAAGUUUUUUUUUGAAAAUAGAAAAAAAAAAUUGAAGUUAGAAAUCAUUUAGAUAUGAAGUUAUAGAAAAUAAGCUUGGUUACAUAGAAAACACAGACUCACACACGUAAAGGCAGCCUCUUGUACAUUUAUUUGUCAGAAAGAUAGCUAUCGCACAAUUGUUAAAGAAACCUUAAUCACUGGUGGCUCCACACAGAAUUUUACAAGCUAUUUCAUAGAAAUAUUUUACGUUUUAAACGAUUCAGUUUUAAUUUAGUUAGUCGAUGUGAACAAAUGUUGUAUAAUUAGCAUGGUUGCGCUGUGAUCAGUGUUUACAACUUUAGGACACUUGGAUCAGGAAAUUAAAAAAUAUUAUCUCUUGAUAGGUUUUCAAAUUUUAUUAGUACUAUUACGAACUGUAGACAAAUUUUAACAAUACACAGGUUAUUCUUGGAUCAUGCUUUUGAUAUGUUUGUGAAAGUAUUUGUUCACUUGUUUGAUAUUUCCACAAAUCUAGAGAAAGAUUUCUUGGGUGAAUGUGUUCACAGUAGUGCUGGUUUUCUCUGCCCCCCCUAACCUAUUCGCUGUAAACAGCUCCCCUCCAACCUGUUAUAAGCACCCCCUCUCCUUUUUGGGCACUAUAUAGAAAUGACAUAAGCGCCCCUUUCCCAAACAUGCUCUAUUCUGGCCCUCUCCUGUUAACAAAAUAUUUAUUAGUUAACUUUAUAUCCGACACUUCAGUCUCGUAAUCUGACAACACAGUGUCCAAGUGUUUUAGAAAAAUUAAAAGAACAGUUAUCAAGUUCUCCCUGUGAAUAUGUCCGACAGUUACAUCACCUUUACAGCAACGGACACAACCUACAUUUUGUUAAAGGUGUCUCUGUCAUCUUAUUUUUAAAGUGCUCUGGGCUGAAAUUAUGAUUUGAAUAUGAUAAUGUAAAUAGGUGGUUUGCUCAUCUACGACUUGUUAACAUCAAUAGUAGUGACGAUUGACCAUACUGAUCGUGACAAUCGGUAAAUAAACAAUCUUUUUAUAUAUGACCAAACCUGAUGCUUUCCCUAUUUGAAUUUUACACGAGCACACUGCUUUCACAUUUUUUGUUGUGUAUUGAAGAGUUAUCUGUUACGGGUAUGUUGGUACAUGUAUGUAGGUACAAUGUAGGUAAACAAUUGAUUUUGUUGAUGUUGUCAUUGACCUUGAUUAUUGAUUUCCUUACUAAUGCUUUCAUAGUUUAAACCUGGACAACCCCACAAGAAACAUUUGAUAACCUUUCAAUAUUUCUGAAUUAAUUAAGAAUUAAUCAUUUCUUUGAGGAAAUAUAAUUUAAAUUCCCAAGGAAAAAACUUGAAUAGAAGGAUGAAGAUGUUUAAGUUAGAGUGUGUAGGGGAUGACUCUUAAUUAUGUGAAAAUGAAGUUGUGAGGCUAUGCCCUGGGGUUGUAUGUCCCUGUCAGUGUGGCCCCUCCCUAUGGUAACCCUAUAUCCCCCGGUUGUGACAAUAUAUAUAUAUAUAUGGACUAUUUUUGGUUGAUAUCAUUAGCCAAUGCAAGAUCUUAUUGGUAAAUAUUAAUGGAGUAUAUGAAGAUAUAACAUAAAUCAUACCCUUUUAUUCUUUAGUGAUACUAGCAUUCAAUAUAAAUCCCUAGCCAUGCACAAAAUAUCAUAUUGCUAUAAUUAGUAUUAUAUAGGGUCACUGUUGCUUCAUCACAUUGUGUGUUGUGACCUAUAGUGCAACAUGUCAUCAGAUUGUGUGUAUGUGUCAUUGUCUCAUCUUCUCUUUGUGCGUUUAAUUACUGUCCUGUCAUCACAAUGUGUGUAUCGGGCUGAUUUAAUUCAAACAUCAUUGAUAUCCCAUGAUAUCCCUAGCUUAUAUAAUUACACGCUGUAUGUAUCCCCCUAUCAUCAACUACCAUUCAUAUUUGGUCCUAAAUUGACAAUUACUCAUAUUGAUUUCAUUUCUCAACAAAUAUUCAGGAUUUUUUAUAUUCAAUUCAGGAAAAAAAAAAGUUUGGGUAUCUAUGUGAAUUGAAUUGAUAGAAUUUUGUAAAAGUUAUUUUUUUUACUAUGCCAGCCACAGUUUUUAGGUCACCUGAGCGUUGUCCGUCGUGUGUCAUGCGUCGCCUGUUGUCCGUCGUCCGUUAACAUUUUAAAUUUUCAACUUAAGCUGAAAUACUGGCAAAAAGAUUUCAUUG